ACCUUCAAGCUGUCCGUGAGUAUAAAAUUCCACUCGUUACACGACUCACGGAAACGCUUUCUCUGCAGACAUCCGACCUAUAUCGGUAACGAUGACAACUAAAAAUGAAAAGAUUGGAAUCAUUGGAAGCGGUUUAAUUGGACGCAGCUGGGCGAUGCUCUUCGCCAGCGUGGGAUACCAGGUGACUAUUUAUGAUAUCGUUCAGGAACAAAUUAAGAGCGCAUUGGAGGACAUCCGUCAGCAAUUGAAACGUCUCGAAAGUGGCGGCCUUCUCCGUGGUACACUAACGGCGGAUCAGCAAAUUAAUUUGAUAAAGGGAUCGUCCGAUUUGGCGGAGACUGUGAAGGGAGCGAAAUUGGUCCAAGAAUGCGUGCCGGAAAAUCUCUCGUUAAAGAUGAAACUUUACAACGAUCUCGACAAAGUCGUUGACAACAAGGUGAUCUUAUCGUCUUCGACGUCCACAUUUCGUCCGUCUCUUUUCAGUGAAAAGCUAAAACAUCGUGAGCAGAUUAUCGUCUCUCACCCCGUGAAUCCUCCUUAUUACGUGCCGCUUGUGGAAGUAGUGCCAGCUCCAUGGACGCGUUCUGAUAUUCCUGAGAAAACAAAGGCUAUCAUGACUGAGAUCGGUCAGAAACCCGUUGUUUUCGGCAAGGAGAUUGACGGCUUUGCGCUCAAUAGAAUACAGUAUGCAAUCUUAAAUGAAACCUGGAGACUGGUGGCUGACGGAGUGUUAAGUGUAAAAGACAUUGACGCAGUAAUGAGCGAAGGUCUUGGGAUGCGUUACGCCUUUCUUGGUGCCUUCGAGGCUGCGCAUCUGAAUGCGGAAGGAAUGAAGAAGUACUGUGAAACAUAUCACAAAUCGAUCUACGAUACGAGCAUGACUUUUGGACCGGUGCCUAAAUUCACCGGCGAGAUGGCGGAGAAGAUCAGCAACGAAUUGAAUGAAAUGUGUCCGCUCGACAAAUUGCAGGAGCGACGCGCAUGGCGAGACACCGCCUUGACGAAGUUGUCCAUACUCAAGAAAGAGUUAGAUCAAAUAAAACAGUAAAAAUUUAUAUUUGUACAUAUGCAAUUGACGUGCCAACGUUAAAACUGUAUAAAAAACAGAUCCAUAUGAGUAAAUUUUAUCAGACUAAGACCGUGAGUUUCUUCAUGGAAAAAAUAUUAGAAACGAAUAAGUAUAAGAAUUUCAGUCUAUCCAUAAUAAAGAAACCGUGUACUGUGGAAUACAAUUUGAUAGAGUGAAAAUUCUUUUAUUCCUGUUACUAAUAUUUCUUUCAUAGUGCUCUAAAUGUGAAAGAUGUAUCACUGUGAUUGUAAAAAUUAAAUGCAAAUUAUAUAUAUAUACUAAUACAAUCGAGAUCUACAUAUUA